UUAUUGACCUUUAGGCUGAGAGUUAGCUAUUUCACAUAGUUCUUAACUGUGCUAACUCAUGCUUUUAAGGCCACUGAGGAUUUCAAUGAAUUGCGAACCAGCACAGAGUCUACCAUGUCACCCUAUGGCUACUACCGACGCUGCAGCGGAUUCUCCGAAGCAGCCUACCCACCCUUCGGCUGGAGCUCUUCUUCUGCCCCUUUAAAAAACAAGGCUGUAGAUCAGCGUGCAUAUUUCCAAGGCAACUGUGGGCGGGGAUUGGCGUUUCCAGCGUACGACCGCGGUGACGUCCUGAGAAGAUGAGCAAUAACAACAGUGACGUUUAGCGGCGCGUCCAUAGAGGUCCCGCUCGUGCGCAUGCGUGGCCCAGUGGCCUGCUUCUAUUUACGUGGGGGGGCUCCAAGAUGGCGGCGAUGUUAGCAGCGAGUAGAACCUAGCGGGGAAGGGGGGCUGCUCCGACCGGGUUAAGGGGAGGGAACCGAAGGAGAAGCGGAGCUGCGGGUGGCGGGGGAGGGGGCACCGAACCGGUGGGACGGGGGGUGGGGGGGUCGGAUGAUGGCGGAGCCACGCCGGGUGCCGUUUAUUAGUCUGUCACCCGUGAGACGACGGGAAGGCGAGACCCCGGCGCUUGAACGAGAGCCUGGAGGGGUUCGUGAGGCGGAGCAGCCAUUGGUGCGUGAGGCCUUGAAGCUUCCGGAGCAGCAGCACCAUCACCACCACCACCACGAUAGCUGCCGUACGGAGCCGCCGCCGCUGCAGCAGUUCGAGCCCUGUCCUCGGACGGAGCCCCAGUCGUUGCCCUUGCUGCCGCGCGAGAUCAGCCGGCCCGAGCCGAAGCCGCUGCCGCUUCCUCCUCCGCGCGACCCUCCAAGGCCAGAGCCGCCGACGCCGCCACCUCCGCCGCCACACCAGCAGUUACAGCGCGAAAGCAACCGGCAGGAGUCGCCGCCUGCGCGUCAGACGGUUCGCCUGGAGUUGGUGCUGAAGGACCCCACUGAGGAGAGCUGCGUGGAGUUCAGCUAUCCUGAAUUGCUGUUGUGUGGCGAGCCCCGGAAAAAGUCUGCUGUCUUUGAAGAUCCAUUUAAUGAUGAAGAGCGUGAGCGACGCGAAGUGGAAAUGCUGGCUAAGAAGUUUGAGACAAAAUAUGCAGGAAAAACUCACAGGCAUCGGAAGGACCGCCUUCAGGAUCUCAUUGAUAUAGGCUAUGGCUAUGAUGAAACUGAUCCUUUCAUUGAUAAUUCAGAAGCUUAUGAUGAAUUGGUUCCUGCGUCAUUGACUACUAAAUACGGAGGAUUUUACAUAAAUACUGGAACUCUGCAGUUCCGCCAAGCAUCUGACUCCGAGGAUGAAGACUUUACUGAAGGCAAAAAGCAUAAGCCAUCUAAAGUAGCUAAAUUGAAAGAUGGUGAGGACCGUGGAAUGAAGAAGCGCAAACGGAAAGAAGAUGAGGCAGAGAAGGAGAAAAAACCACGAAAGAUGAAAAUGUCUAAGCAGCUGGGAGUAAUGGCCUUAAAUUCACACAAAUCCGAAAAGAAGAAAAAGAAGCUAUACAAGGAUUCUUUCUCAUUGGCUGCUAUGAUUCGAAAGUUUCAGAAAGAGAAAGAAGCCUUCAAGAAGAAAGAAGUGACCCAGAAUUGCACCAUGGCAGUUUCCAGCUCUACACCUAAUAAACUCCCUGCUGCUCCUACCGGAAAUGAUAUCUCUGACUUGAACCUCUGUGUUGCAGACCCAGUUCUUUCUAUUUUUGGCAGCACAAAUGAGCGCGAGCUCCUGCAGGAAGCUGAAAGUGCCCUCGAAAUGCUGGGAGACAUUGACUUUGACAGGCUGCUUGAUGGCACUUCCAAUGGUAGUCCAGUAUCUGAACCAUCAGGGGAAAAUGGAUGUACUACUCAGCCCUCUCAUACUUCUGAGGUCCUGACACUGAAACAAGUGCCUGCCCUCCCAGAAGGUCUGCCGGCACAUCUGGAAAAGCGCAUUGAAGACCUUAGAGUCGCUGCCAAGCUCUUUGAUGAAGAAGGCAGAAAGAAAUUCUUCACACAGGACAUGAACAAUCUCCUUUUGGAUAUUGAGCUGCAGUUACAGGAACUGAGUCCUAACAUCCGCAAUGGAGUAUAUUCUCACCUUGAGGCUUUUGUGCCAUGCAAUAAGGACACAUUGAUAAAGCGUUUGAAGAAGCUGCACCUCAAUGUUCAGGAUGACCGCUUGAAGGAACCAUUGCAAAAACUGAAACUGGCUGUCAGCAAUGUCAUGCCUGACCAGUUAUUCAAAUAUCAGGAGGACUGCCAGGCACACAGUCAGGCCAAGAAUGCCAAAUUGCAGGCAGAAGAUGAACGAGACAAGAAUGGCUCAGAAGAGGAAGAUGAUGAGAAGCCAGGAAAGAGGGUUGCAGGACCAAGAAAGAAAUUCCACUGGGAUGAUACAGUGAGAUCUUUGCUGUGUAACCUUGUCAAGAUAAAAUUAGGAUGUUAUGAACUGGAGCCAAAUAGAAGCCAGUCUGCAGAAGAUUACCUGAAGACUUUUAUGGAGACCGAGGUGAAACCACUGUGGCCUAAAGGCUGGAUGCAAGCUAGGAUGCUUUUUAAAGAAAGCCGAAGUGUUCAUAAUCAUCUUACAUCUGCUCCGGCAAAGAAGAAGGUGAUUCUGGCACCUAAACCCAAAGUGAAGGACUCUAGUCCAAAGAAGGAGCAGAGAUCCUCUACCCCUUUUACUUCAUCUUGUGCUUCUGCUUCAAGCACCACCACACCUGUCAGUGUCCUGGCUAGUUCAAGCUGUAAUCCAACUCCAGAGACAAUCUGCCUGGAUGACUCGCUAGAUGAAGACCUCUCCUUCAAUCCGCCUUCACUAGAUUCUAUUUCUGAUGCCCUGGCAGUUAUUAACAAUGGAGCUAAAAAUUCUCCUGUUGGACCCUCUGUAGAAACACCAACUUCAAGACCUCGGCCUGGGUUGAGAGAGGAGAAGUUAGCAAGUAUAAUGAGCAAGUUACCGCUAUCAUCCUCAAAAAAGGUAGAGACUGUUCAGACACCACACUCCUCAAGUCUUAUAGCUGGGCACACAGCACCAGUACCAAAGAAAUCUCAAGAUUUGCUUCAGACUGGUAUAUCUUCAGGCCUUAUUGCUGGAUCUUCAAUUCAGAACCCCAAGGUUUCCUUGGAGCCCUUGCCGGCCAAACUCCUACAACAAGGAUUACAGAGGUCAAGCCAAAUUCAAUCUGCUUCCUCCUCACAGGCCCAUAUUUCUUCCUCCUGUAAGAUACAAACCACAACUACCCCUGCUUCACAGAGACCGAAGGAUACGGCAGUCCUUAUAACCUCUUCAGAAGGCCAAAGUUGCAGCUCUUCAACUUUACAAAUAACAAAGGUUCACCAGCAGUCAGCUGCCCAACAAAAAUAUGUGUCUCCUCUACAAGCAACUAUUAGUAAAUCUCAGACCAACCCUGUUGUGAAACUAAGUAGCAAUCCCAGACUCUCCUGUUCGUCCCCAGUUACCAAGACUUCAGAUAAACAAGUAGUAUACCGCCUUCCUUUGCCUAACACCACCUCUGGAAGUAGUUCUCAAAUGGCUCACCCACUUGCGUCUCGGACAACGUCCAGCACCUCUACCUCUAGUAACUAUUUAGCCAAGGCCAUGGUAUCGCAAGUUUCUGCCCAGGGUUUCAAGCCUCCUUUCUCCAUGGCUCCUUCUCCCAAACCUGCUGCCUCUCCCAAGCCCACAGCAUCCAAGCCUCCUGUAACACCCAAGCCUACUACAUCACCCAAAUUAUCAUCAUCCAAGUCCACUUCAACACCCAAGCCUACAUCAUCUCCCAGUUCUUCCAAUUCAAGUGCACUAGUAUCCCAGAGUAGUCACUCCAGCAGCAAUUCUCUUCAUAAACAGCCUAGUGGAGUAAAUGUCAGCAGGCAGUCUCCUACACUUAAUUUACUGCCCUCUAAUCGCACCUCAGGCCUUCAACCAGCAAAGAACCCUCAGGCCCCUUCAAAAGUGUCCAGCUCUUCUGCCUCUGGAACUGUUGGCAAAAAUAACUUGAGUGGAGUUGGAAUGAAUGUACCUGUCAACAGGGGCAGCAACCUUAAUACAAGUGGAGCUAAUAGGACUAAUAUCUCUGGGGCAGCAGGAAGUGGAACACAGGGUGCUACUAAACAAUUGUCAGCUCCACAUAGACCAUCUUCUGCCUCAGGGUCGACAGUAAUACCAGCCAGUGUGCAGUCAACAACAGGUGCAUCAUUACUGGCAAACGCUUCACCUUUGACUCUCAUGGCAUCACCCCUGUCUGUAACCAGUCAGAAUGUGACAUCUGCUCCAUUGGCUUCUUUUGGGAUGCUGGGUAGCCUUGUUCCUGUGACUGUGCCCUUUCAGUUCCCAUUGGAGCUACUUAGCUUUGGAACAGACACAGCUGGAGUGACAACCAACUCGGGAACUACCUCAGCAGCUUUCCAUCACAGCCUGGCUCAAAAUUUACUGAAGGGUUUACAGCCAGGAGCUCAGCACGCAGCAACGCUGCCUCACACACCUCUGCCAGCUCACUUGCAACAAACAUAUACAGAUGGAGGCCAAAGUAAAGGGGACACUAAGUUACAAAGGAAAACCCAGUGAGAUCUGGAUAAGCAAGGGAGUUAAAGUGGUUCUGCUUUGCUGAUGGAGACUGACCAGUUGGGGACAUGCUUAAAUGGACACAGAGCUGCUUGUUUCUGUCAAUGUUUACAUAUUCUGAUCCCAAGCACUGUGGUGAGAGGAAGAAGAAAAAUAGAAAACAAUACUUGAUCAGAGAGAAGGAAAAGGAGGAAAGGUGUUCAUGUAAAAACUACUCAUAGUUUGAUCUCUCCUAAAGAACUCCCAAAGCCUUUUAUCCUCUCUGAGUGGCUCAGAAAGAGUUUGCCAGAAAGGUUCAGUUGUCAAACCUACAGCAGCACAAAAAUCUUCUUUCAGGCUGAUAUCUGAAAAAGAGGAUCUAUGAAAGGAAGCUGAAAUAGACUUUUUGAUCCAUCAUGAAAGUGAGGCCAUCCCAUCCUGUUGGCAAACAGGAGUCCCAGGAAUGUCUACAAUAUAUACCAGUUAGGAGCAUUAUGUACAGCACUGAGUAACAUGGGAUACAGAGCAGAAAUAGGGAUUGUGUAGAAACUGAGAGGGAGAAAGUGCUUUCUCAUACAAAACCAAGGCCACUUGUUCUGUAUUCCCUUUGAAGAGCUAAAGAAAAUGGGUUUCUUGUUCUGUAGCAUUUGUAGCCAUAGGUAGUGUCAUAGGCAAGGAUAACAUUCAUUCUCAUUCAUUCCCCCACCCUCGUCACUGGUAGUCAAAAGGAAGAAGGAAAAAGUUAGGUUGCUCUGCAGCCUGUUUAAAUAUUGUUCUUCUAACUGGAGCUUAAAUGGGAUACUCUAAUUUCAGAUAGUUUUAUAUAAAAUGGGGACUAAUUUGGCUUCAUCAGAGCAGAUCUUACUUUCACUAUCUUCUGAAGGAAGAUUUUCUUUUGCCCUUAGAUGUGCUGUACUGCUACACAGUUGCCUUGUGUCUUUUUAUGAUUUUAACAAAAUCAAAAAACACCCAAUUUCCAUUUUUGUGUAUAUAUUUUUGUCUCUGGUAAUCUCCUUCUCCGGAUAGCUCUGCAGAGUCAAGCACUGUAUUGACCUCCCAGCUAACGAGAAAUACAUAUAGCUUGCUUCUGUGCAGUCUUUUUUCCCCUUUUCUCAGUACUGUUCAAAGCUUUCUCCAAAGAGUGGUUGAGGUGCCUUCUGCCUAGACUUCAAGUUCAUAUCUCCAGCAUUUCUAAUAUCUGUAUUGCUAGGAGGUAUAAAACCUAUUCUCUUCUGCACAAUAAUACAGGACUUCUAGGCUAACUUUCAGUUUUUUAAAGCAAUAUGUUAGAUGUUUGGCAAGCUAAUUAGGACAUUUCAUCUUAAACUGUACUUCAUUAAAUAGACCAGAACAAAUAUUGAUGUCAACAUAUAAUUGAGGCAUGUUUUUGUGUGAGAAAAAUCAUAUGAAAUAUUUCAAGUUCUUCUGAUCUAGAAACUAGCAUCCAUUAUCAAAAGCAUUUUCUCACAAAUCUGAUGUCUCUCCAAGAAUAAAAUCUUACUAGAUUUCUCAUUUUUGAACUGGGAUCUUUCAUUUUUUUCCAGCUAUGAACAUGAAGUUCAUAAUUUAUCAAAAGAAUUUGCACUUACAGGAGGGAAUAUGUAAAACUGAAAGUGUCUUUGAAGUUUGCAUGCAGCCACACUAAUUACAGAAGAGGGAAGAAAUAUUUUAAACUGAAAGAGCAGCUUGCCAGCUGAGUAGCUACAGUGGAAAUGUCAGGUAUCUAUGGCUGAGCAUAGCUUUGUCCCACAUAUGCAUGUGGCUUUGUAUAAAAAUCAAGAUCACAUUUCACCUUCCUUUUGUUAAGACAAGUUUGUUUUCAGUUUUUUAAAGAUAUGUCUCAGUAAUUGUAUAUGUAAAAGCACACAUAUAUUUAAAUAAUAUAUAAUAUUAAAGCAGUCAUUGAAUGUUGGGUUGAGCCCUUUAAAUAAAGAAUUUUGCACAUAACUAUGGAUGAAAAAUAAGCUCUAUUAAACCUUGAAUUUUUACCUCUUUACAAAGGUACAUUAAGGGCUUUUUAAAAAAAGUUAUGUAGUUUAGCUAGAAGAAGCUACAUAGUUAAGUAAUCAUACUUAGUUCAAAAGAUUCUGGUUAUUUAGUUGGUGCAUUAUCAAAGCCUUAGAUUCCUCAAAUCGGUAAGCCUUAGAUUUCUCAAAACAGUAAUUGCUUUAUUUUCUGCUCUGAUUCAGUUUGCUUACCUUAAUCUAAAAUUAAAUGCAUCCUUGUUCCUCACAGUCAUCUUUGGCCUGUAUAAACGGAUAAGUUCUUCCGUUCUCAAAUGUUUUGCCAUUACUGUAUUAACACCUUCAAGAUUAUCCAUAAAAUUUAAAAUAUAUUUUUAAUUUGCAGUAAAAGCUGUUGACUGCCACUACAGAACAAAUACUGCUUACUUUAAUACAAUAAAAUCAUAAAUGUAGAUACACCUUGAGGUACAAGAGUAGAUUUGCAAACUGUAAUUGUAAGAAAUAUCACAAAAAUAUGAGAUUAUAGCUAAUGGCUUUUUAUACCAGGAAUUUUGUGAGAAUCUGGCAAAUGGUGAGUCUUAAUAUUCCUAUUUGCCUUACAAAAACUAAAUCUUAGGUUAUUAAUAUCCAGCUUUUCUUCCUUCUGUUCCCUGUUAUGGAGGAAGUCAUGGUGGGGGCAAACAUUUUAUGAUCGAGCCUUAGCUUUUGCUUCUGGAUAUUGUAUAGAAAUAAUGGAGGAGGAGAGAGAGAGUAAAUAAAGCCACUAAAGAGCCUAUUGAGGAAAAUUUUCAACUUUCCCCUGAGAGCUCCACACUUUCUUUGGUAAACUUUCCCCCCCAGCUCUUCCCUAUCUUUAAAGCAACUUUUUGUUAGUUGUGAUUCAAAAGUUUCACUGCUUAAAGUACUGAAGAAUUAAGCUUUGGAACAGAAUAGCACAAGUUGCCUUUUCCCUGUCCUCUAAUUAAUGUAUAGUCUGCAUAUAUGAAUGAGACGAAGCAUUGGACCACAUAGAUUAAGUUGAACUUUUUUUUUUAACACAAAGUAGCUACAUUGGAAUUAUCCAAGGAUAUGAUGAACUUUUUGCUUUCUUUAUACCAAUAGCCAAUCAAGUAUCUGGGGACAUUGUCUGGAACUAGUAAAAUAACUCUUCCCAGUAUGCUAAGUAAAACAGUAACUUUGGCACUGGAAUAACUCUAGCACCAUUGUGAUUCCCAGUGUUUACUGUAAGCGGGGGAGGGGGGGCAAAGUAAUCAGAAAUAGGGUUGGCAAGGAAUCUCGAUGUGGGUGAGAGGAAAGCAACAUUCCAAUGCAAAUUUUAAUUUUAUGGACUUCCUGCAGAGUAACUCCUCAUUUAGGCUACUUUUUGAAGAGCCUGACUAUUUGUUUUAAACUGUUAUUUUGUGCAAACUCCCUGAGUAUUCACAAGCAAUAAGAGUCAAAGCUGUCAUUGUGGGCAGCUGACCUGAACUUUUUUUGAGGACUGUGAGCUAAAAUGCCAAGCUCACUGUGAACCUCAGCUACAAGCAAUAAUUUCAAAUACAGGUUUUGAAGUUCAAUUAUCUUUAAAAUUAUGCCUUCUAUGUGUAUGUAACCAUAUAGGGGACAAAUAACAGUUACUAAGUUAUCUGGGAUUUUUACAGACCACAAAGAACAGAUGUAGGCAUUUUUGUCUUAACUAUACGUGGUUCUCCAUCACCUGCAAGGUAGGAGCUGGUGGCCUGAAUCAUUCCUUUUUGCUCAGCCUUCUAUAUCAGCUUGUCUCCAAGAAGAUGGAUGGGAAAUACUGAGUCAUAAGUCCCAGGUGUGGGUGCUGUGGGUUUGACAUCUGUUUCCAUGUUAUCAGAAGAAACUUGUAUCUUGUAGGCUGUGCGUGAGGCAGGCAACUAAGGUACGCUCCCUCCUAAUCUCAGCUGACUGAUCCAACCUCCACAUAGCCUCUCCACUUGGUCCAAAGCAGCUGACAUGAAAGAGAUUCUGCAACUCCCAAGCUACCAUCAGUUAUAUUGAACCAUCAUCCUCUGAAGGAUUAAUUUCUUAGGACUCCCAACUAUCUUAUGUUUGCUGCUACAUUCAUGAAAAGAGCUUAUGGCUAUAUUUAUGAGUAAAUUCUAGUUUACAGAUUGAUUUUGGAGUUGUUUGUCCACAGGCAGGUUAGAUACUAAGAAAUGUCUAGGUUUCUUGGAGUGUAUUGGCAAAAGAUAUAUUGAUUCCUCUUUUUUAAUUUUUGGACUUUUCAGGAUGGUAUUGCAGGAAAUAAGCAAAAGCUGCAAUCAAGCUAAGCUUUGGAAGGUUUUCACUCAGGUCUCCAGACCUCCCUAUGCUGGAGAUCACAGUAGAAUCACUAGCUUUUUUUUUUAAAGCUAAUCUGAAGGUAAAUGUGCUAGGUAAUCAACUAAUCAACCCACAUUUUAUGCAAUUAUAAUUUUAUGUCAGCUUAAAAGAUUUUAUAUAGCUUAGUUUUGUUCGUAAAUGGUGUUAUCCCUCCACAACUUACUUGAUUCAGGCCUUUGUCCUUUGGUUAAGUGCCUUUUCUUUGUUUUGUUUUCCCCUUCCCCACAAACUAUACUCAGAGAUCAUAAAUUGUGGGAGGCACGUGGGAGAAAAAUCUUGAACUUGCCAAGAUGACUUUAUGCUGUUACAACUGUUUUCCCUUCUGUAAUUAGCGUUUAAUGUGUGUAACAUUAUAGCUGCUGUAUCAUGGCAUUCAUUUUUAUGUGCUUGCUUUCACACAAAGCAGUAUUCCCAAGAGUCCUAAUGUUCCAUCUGUUAUCUAUAGCAUUAGUAUUUGCUUAAGAAGGUAAGCAUUUGAAACACGUGACAAUACAGUAAGUAGGUAUAUUUGAGCAACUAUAAGGAAGUGAUUGGAGGGGAAACAAUUUUGCAAUUCCCAUGGAAUCCUUGGUUGUAAAUGAAAUUAAUGUAGUAGCUCCAGUCUGAUAAUGUAUAAAUACUGAUUGCUCGGCCCCUCUUAAAAUUUAGCAUUCUCACCUUCAAAGAAACAGCUUUUUCAGCAAAGAGUAGCUAGAACUGAAUGUUUCUACAGAUCGCAGUACAAAUUGUAUUAAGAAAAAUAGUAUGAUUUGUUAAUGUUAUACCAAAACCUGUGUGUGUGGUGGCAGCACAGUGAUUUACAUUGGCGCAACUGCAGAUAAGAAAAAAGUUGCCCUUGUCAGAGAAACUUGCUAUCUGAUUGCAAGGGUAUGGUUUCUCAGUUGUCUGCAAUUAUAUGCAGCUGGGUGUCAAAUGUGUAGCUUUGUAUUACCCACCCUGAAUGUUACUGUGUACUGAUACAGCAGAGCCAUAGCAGGUAAAUAAGUGGAGAAAACUUCAGCAACAUCAGCAUCUGCACAAUUACAGUUAAAUCCAGGCCCUGGAGUAAAUGUGUCAAUAUAUCUUUUAUAAUGGAGUUGGGAUGCUUAAAGCCGAAUCCUGAGAGCCAGUGGCUCAAAGGAUUGGGCCACGAAAUAGCUGUCUGGUAACAGUUACAGUGGAGAUUGAAUCAAGGUUGUCACUUCUCACUUACCAAACAUGAACACUUCAUUACAUUGCUUGGAUACAUAUCUUAAUGUCUGUGUCAGAAUUAGUCAAAGCAAAUUUUUGCUACUAAGUAUUACGCUUGCUAAAUUUAAGAACAGCAAAAUAGUUUUCUGCAAACAAUAGCAGCAAGAUUUCCUUCAAAGUCAAGAUUUUUUUUACAAAGCCUACUACUGUAAAUUAAUGAACUGUGAGCAUUGUAAGAAUGCAACUUAGCAAUCACAAUAAAGGAUUGUGUAUUUAAAAGCUUGGUAUAUAUUUGCAAAAUUUAUACCUGGAUUUCUUUAAGAGAUUAGUAUUUAAUAAGAGUCUAUUAUAUCUUGAAAACAAACCUAAGUUGCAUUCUCCUUAAAACCAAUCUUGAAUGGAUGGUUGGGCACUCAGAGUAAUGCUGAAUAUUGCUCCGUCUAAAAUAUCCAGUUUAUGCACAUGCAAAUGAAGAUGGCUCAGUGUGAUGGAGAAAGAAGUCUCUUCACUCAAGUGAUUUUGCGUUCUAGUUUCAAUUGACAACUUAAGUAAGUCUGCCCUGCCUUCAGUCAAGAAAGGAUUUGAACUUCCACGUAGCAAGGAAAAGCACUGUUAGCAGGUGUGCUGUCGUGCUCUCAUUUGUUUGAGGAAAUUUCAGAGCUAUGGUCUUAAUCUGAGUUUUAAGGACUUUAGUCCAAAAAAAUAAGCAUUCUCUAUGCUGUAACUCAGCUUCAUUUAGGACAAAGAUGCCUUCACAGGUGAUACUCUCCAUGUGUAGAGGUGGUAGGAAAAUGUUAUGAUAUGGAAUUAGUGCUACAGUUCAUAAAUUACCAUUUUCCUUUGUUCAACUCACUAGAGCUUUAUAGGGUUUUUUUUAAUGAUGUGUUUGGGACUUCUCAGGACCCUGUUGUUCAGUUUGCCUUUAAUAUAUCCAGCCGCUCUUUGGUAAUUCAAGAAAUUUUAGAGCAGCUUUGAAACUAAGCUAAAGAAUCAGCUCAACCUACCCUCAUUCCAGAUCUUGGAGAUGCAAAGUCUAUAUUUAGACCACUUUGAAUCCUUUCAUCUAAACAAAUGCUAUGUUUUUCUUUGCCACAGCAGAAAAUCAGGGCUUUCUGUUUUAGUUUCAUCUUAUAAUAAAUAUUACAUUGUGGAGUAGAUCUUGUGUAAGAGAGGAGAUAGUCUUUGUUCCAUGGCACAAAAAAAACAUUUCUGAAACUUUUUUUUUAAAUCCACCCAACAGUCUGUUACUCAUUUUAAUAUCAUCCCCACAGUUUAAGUAUAUCUAUGUAAUGUGCGUGCCAUUAAUAUAUUCACCUUACUCGGUGCUAAAGCUUUUUCAUUGAGAUGCUGAUGUUCAGCAGUAAAAAUAAGUGCAUGUUCUUGACUGUCCAGCAUAAAAAAAUAAAUUGGGAGAAACCAGCAGGUUCCUAACAAACUCUUAAUUACAAUUAUAGCACUCAAAUUGAAAGCUGACUGGUUCUUACUAUUCGAGGAAAGGUCUUAUAAUCUGUCCUUUCACCACUCUAUAAAAUCUUAGUUUGAUUAUUGGCAGUAAAAUAAACUAUGCAUACAGCUAACUUGAUGCCCCAAUUUCAUGUAUACUCUUCCCCCUGCAACAUAAUAUCUGACCUAACCAACAUAGCUUUUUUGAAUGUGUAUGCUAUAAAAAUAUAUUUCUAACAUGGAAAUUAAAUUCUAGUUAAAGAAUAAACACUUUGACUAGUACAAAGCUAGUAUCACGAGAGACUUCAUCUGAUAACCUUACUUGGGAGAAUGUUUUGUACAAUGUCAUGAUCAAGCACACACAAUCAAAAUACGUAACCAUAGGAGUGAAAUUUCCCUCUUCUACCCUCAUCAAAUGGCAUUUAAUAAUUCUGGAAGUGAAUUAAUACCUCACCUGUAUCGGAAGAAAUAUGUUAAACUGAAUCUCUCUCUAGGCAGAUGUAAACUAAUUUAGGAUUCUCACAUUUUUCUGCUGCUUCUUCUACCCUUCAGUAUUGGACUUCAAUUAUCUGAAAAUGCAAAAGGCUCUGAACUCACUAAUAUAGAAAUUCGUGCAGUUUCUUUGCAUAUAUGAUCGGUGUUGAGGGCACAUUAAUUUAGAAAUAUUUGGAUUGUUGGUUAGGAAAAAUCAGUUGCAUUAACCUUACUUAAAAUAAAGUUCACUUUCUAAAAAUCAGCUGAACAGUAUUACAUUAUUAGCAGUAGAACCUUUCCAGCAUCCUUUCUUUUCUCUUUUACCAUACUCAGUAUCAAGAUAUUACAUUCCUGAUUAAAAUGCUAAUGUCAGUGCUUUUUAGGUUCUAAGAUAUAGAUGGUCAUGUUUGUGGAGCAGAAAGUCUUCUUUCCAGUGCAUGCGCACGCACGCACGCACACACACACACACACACAAACAAUGCUUUCCAUGAGAAUGAAAUUUAAUCUACACUAGAUCUUCCAAGUUUAAAGGCCAGCUGAUCUAUUAUAGUAUUAGUCCUCUCAGAGAAGCAGGAUUUUCUGUAGUUUAUUUUCUUUUUACAUUUUAUUUGGGGGAGGGGAAUCAGCUUUUAAUAUCUGGCUGGCUAUACACUUGAACAUAAGAGGCUAUAAAUGUUUUUUAAAAAUAAAUGCGAAUUUGGGAGAGUUUGGCUAGUUCACUACUUGGACAAAAUUGAAUUUUGGAAGAGAACCCAAAUCUCCAUUGUACUAUCCUCCUUCGUGUAACAAAAUUAGUGGUGCUAUAAACCGUGCUUAACAAAUGCAUCAUUAGCGCUAAUUCAGUUCUGUAUACAAUUUGGUUCCACACAUGAGCUUAACUUGCUGCUAAGUACCUGACUGUUUCUAAGACUAGGGGAAGGCCUGUGGCAUGGAGAGAGUACUCCUGUAAAACAUCUUCCAUGUAAUACUUACUCUCUGUGCAACAGGCUUUUAUAGCUUCUCCCUGUGAGAAGGGCCAGAGUAGCCAAACACAGCUACUUAAUUAAUGACUGGUGCCAACUACUUUUGGUUUUGCUUUUUAGAAAGAUGUGUUCUACUGAUGUGAAGGGAUACUGAAUUUUUAAAGAAAUCUUUUCCUCCUCUCAGACUGAAUCUGAACACAAUAUUUGAAUUAACUUUUUUGUAAUAAUCUCAGGACCUGAAAGAUUGUAGCAUAGUGUGUCUUAAAUGAUGUACUGUACCAGCCAUGAAUUUUGUAAAUACCCCUGUCACCCUUCUUUUGUAUUUUUUUUUAAGUAUGUGAGGCUCUUUACCGGAAGAACUGGUGCCUGCUUUACUGUCCACCAGAAACUGGAGUAGGAAAAAUGGGAAAGCUGCUGCCACAAAAGCCUGCACCAGUUUUAAAUGUGCAUAUCGGCUUGUUCUGUUUUAAAGAUGCAGUUUAACUAGGAAGAAAAAUAACUUCCUAGCACAUCUUAUCAUAGUUUGGACCUAAAGGAUAAAAUAGUGAACAGGGAAUAUUUGUCUCAGAAUCUUAUCCUUCUAGAUCAUAUAGAUGAGAGAUCGGCUUUACUUCCCUGGCCUUCCUCUGGGUCCAGAAAUUACUAGUUUCACUUUCCAAACAGGGUGCAGAAAUUGUUUGUUUUGUUUCAGCAACAGAAUUUCUCUGAGAAUCCACCUGUAGCUAGCUAGGAGAUAUUUGAUCUGAUGUGGGAGCCUUGUUCAACUGAGUGUAGAUGUACCUGACCUUAAUUGGGGCAGGGUCUUCAUGAGUGUUUUUUCUUUUGUAUGUGUCAUGUGUCUGUGCUGUAUUAAAUAAAGAGGAAUGUACAUAU